AGCCUGACUCGUGUCUUGAACACGUCAGCCGUCGGCCAUACCCCGUAAACAGCUGCUUUCGAGUUUCGGUACUUUGCCAAGUCAACUGUCUAGUUAUGUUUACCGAAGGGAUACUGCUCUGACUGAUUUCGCCCAAAGAAAGUUUCAUCUCCGGUUCGCAGAAAUGGUUCUCAUAGCGGCAGCGGUCUGCACGAAGGCCGGAAAAACCCUCAUCUCCAGGCAGUUCGUCGAGAUGACAAAGGCCCGUAUCGAAGGCCUCCUGGCCGCCUUCCCCAAACUCAUGUCGACCGGCAAGCAGCACACCUUCGUCGAGACUGACUCCGUGCGCUAUGUCUACCAGCCGCUUGAGAAACUCUACAUGGUCUUGAUUACGACCAAGAAUUCAAACAUUCUUGAGGACCUCGAAACACUCAGACUUUUUUCCAGAGUGAUACCUGAUUUUUGUCGUAGCAUGGAUGAAUCUGAAAUAGCCAUUAGUGGUUUUGAUUUAAUAUUUGCUUUUGAUGAAAUAGUCGCAUUAGGCUAUCGCGAGAGCGUCAAUCUCUCGCAGAUUAGAACGUACGUUGAGAUGGAUUCUCACGAAGAGAAAGUAUAUCAAGCAGUUAGACAGACCCAAGAGAGAGAGGCGAAGAAUAAAAUGCGAGAAAAAGCCAAAGAAUUGCAAAGGCUUAGGAUGGAGGCGGGAAAGAAGGGGGUUAAACCUUCCUCAGUUCAAAGCAUGGGUGGCUUUGGACCGUCAUCCACUUACUCGAACCCCAUUGUCGAAACACCAGUUGAGCCUUCAAAUAGCUACCCUUACAAUAUGAAGUCGAAUGUUUCGGUCAAUGCAAUGAAACUAGGGGGAAAGUCAAGGGAUGUUGAGUCGUUUGUCGAUCAAUUGGUCUCAGAAGGUGAAAGGGUUGUUUCACCUCAGACCUCAGCUAAACCUGUAACCACCAAACUCCCGGUCACACCGAUAGCGAACACAGAGGAGGUUCAUCUCAAACAAGAGGAGAAGAUUGUCGUCAAAGUCGGCCGUGAUGGCGGUGUACAAACUUUUGAAUUACACGGGCUAGUCACGUUACGCAUUACAAAUGAAAAAUGGGCUCGGAUCAGGAUUGGGUUAGAUAAUAAUGACACAAGAGGAAUUCAGCUACAGACGCAUCCAAAUGUCGACAAGGAACUUUUUAAAUCAAAAUCGAAAAUUGGCCUUAAAAAUCCAAGCAAACCGUUUCCGUUAGAUAUAGACGUUGGUGUGCUGAAAUGGAGGUAUCAGACCCAAGACGAAUCAGCCCUUCCUUUGACAAUAAACUGUUGGCCAUCGGAAAAUGGCCAAGGAGGUUGCGAUGUGAACAUAGAAUAUGGAUUGGAACAUCGUCAUUUAGAACUUAACGAUGUUACUAUUAGCAUCCCUCUCCCAAUCGGUUGUUCACCAGUGGUUACUGAGUGCGACGGAGAGUACAAACAUGAGUCUAGGAGAAACCUUUUGCAAUGGAUUCUCCCUGUUAUUGACAAUAGCAAUAAAACUGGAGUUUUGGAGUUCUCCGCUGGCACCGCCAUACCAUCUGAUUUCUUCCCACUAAGUAUUUCUUUUGUGUCAAAAAGCCCUUAUGCUGACUUAAAGGCUGUCGAGGUCUUAAUGGUCGAUGAUGAUUCACCGGUCAAGUACUCAAGUGAAACUGUGUUCUACACUGACAAAUAUGAUAUUGUUUAAUUGCCGAAAUGGCUUUACAAAAAAAAA